AUGCCAGCCUUUUUCUUGUCGUCAACGAAAGGUCCACCAAAAAAGAAAAUCGCCACAAAACGGGGUUUGAAAGAUGGGGAUGACAAAGAAGCUCGAUUAACGCGACGUCGACGAAUGAUGGAGAGGACGGAAAUUAGUUCAGAUGAGGAAGAGGUUGGGGUAACUGAUGAUCGAAUAUCAGAAGCUAGCGAAGGGGAAUACGAAAUUGAAGACAUCGCUCGUCUCAAGGCAAAGGAAUAUUUGCAGAAGCUCCAGGAUAGCGGUAAAACGGAAAAAGAAAUACAAGAAACCCUAAGAGAAGAUGCUGCUGUUAAGGCGGGAACAUUGCGAAAGCGAUUAGCAGACUUGGCAGAGCUACGCGAUGAGGACGAAAUUUGCCAUAGAGGACACAGGUUUCCUCCAUUAUGUAUAGCGAUCUCACCGUGCAGGAAGUAUAUUAUCAGCUCAGGAAAAGAAUCCAGUAUAGUGAAAUAUGAUAUUUCUGCGCAGAAAAUUACUGGAAGAAUCAGGCGGACAAAGGUUGCUGAUAAAGACCAAAAAGCCCAUUGUGGACAUAUCUUCGCUGUUGCUAUAUCCUCGGAUGGAAAAUUUAUUGCAUCUGGAGGACACGAUGCUGUGCUGAAGAUUUGGGACUUCGCAACUCUGACACAUAUACGAGAUUUUAAAGGGCAUCGUGCUCCAAUUACAGCAUUGUGCUUUCAACUGAAGACAAACUGCUUAUUUAGUGCUAGCCAUGAUCGAUCUGUAAAGUUAUGGGAUCUGGACCAAAUGGGGUUAGUUGAUACAAUGUAUGGUCAUCAGGAUGCCGUCGUAGCACUUAGUGCUGUCCAAAAGCAACGAGUUGUUACAGCUGGUAGGCAAGAUAGGAGUUGUCGACUGUGGAAAGUCGAGGAAGAAAGUCAAUUGCUGUUUAAUGGUCAUUCUGCUUGUGUGAGUAUGGAUUGUGUGGCUAUGCUUGACGAUGAGCACUUUGUGUCCGGCUCUGCAGACGGAGCGUUAUGCGUUUGGUCAAUAUGGAAGAAGAAACCUUUGGUAGUACGACCACUUAUUCAUGGUCUGAGAGCUCCCGGCGAUCCUAGAUGGGUUAUCUGCAUUUCUGCAGUUCCUUUUUCUGAUUUGGUAGCAAGCGGUUCAGAUGAUGGUGAGCUGAAGUUGUGGAAAGUUGCAGCUGACUACAAAAGCAUUUCGCAUGUGUUCUCAUACUCUGUCAGCGGAUUUAUAAACGACAUUCGAUUUUCUGUGGACGGAUCUAUCAUAGCAGUUGCAGCAGGCCAAGAACAUCGGGAGGGCAGGUGGUGGUUGCAGGUAGAGAAAGAGGCACGUAACCAGGUAAUCGUACUCCCAGUUCAUUACGGUGAAGAGCAGACGCAAGCGGAUUUGCAAAAACGUAAUGGAGUGGACAAGACGGCAGACAUGAGUGACUCAGAUGACGAAGAUGACGGCUGA